UCGCUGUACAUUACUACAAAGAUUCACUUUUAAGCACAAUAACUUGAUUACUAAUACUUCAAGCCGUAUAUAAUCUAGAUCACACAUCCUCAUCAAAGUACCAGAGGGCCGAAGUCAUCGUCCGAAUUCCUCCGCAAAUGCCGCCUUUGGAUACCUAUCCGAAAAUCUGGCGUGGGCGGCGGAGAAUCCGUUAUCGCAGGACCCGCAGAAAUAGUAAAGAAAAUAGAAAAGAAUUAUCAUUUCGAUAUCACGUGUCGCCGACACUCUCCUUCUCUUUGUCGCGUCGCGAGCGAGAACGUCUUUGCACGGCAAUUUACUAAUUUGCCGUAAUUCGCAGUUAUGUUCUUAUCUCUGUCUUGAUCCGCAGACCGUCCGGGACAUUUGCUAUCUUUGCAAUUUUUUUUCGUUCGCAAUCUACUUUCCGAUCCGCGUGGUUUCCGGCUUCCCUGAUCGAGCCGAGAUCAUCGAGACACCUGUGCGGAGAGCAUCGAUAGAUCGAGCGCAACUUGGCGUUAGUGAUAUUUUUGUGGCGGAGGUGGACGGACCACAGAGAGAGAAUCGGUGCGAGCGCAAUUUGAAGUAAAUGGUAAUGCCGGUGUAAUUGUUGUGAUGCGAUGUUUUUAUUGCUCGAAGACGGCUAUUACGGACCAAUUAUGACGGAAGAUACUGGGUGAUGAUGUUGCUUCGACGAUUUGUGCUGUGGAUUGAAAGCGGACUGUUCCCGAGUGAAUGGUAGAUGGUAGCGUCGUCCAAAUACGACAAUGUCCUGACCAUGGAUAACCUAGGCUUCCAAGACUCCACCAAUUCGCGAAAACUCGGCCGGUCGGUCAGCGUGAACACGCCCGCCGAAAGUUUUCCGCUCUACAAGAGCCACACCUGCAACUCCGCCAUGAUACUGAGAUGGCGGAGGGCCGGGGAGGAUCCCAACAUCAUGCUGGAGGAGGACUACCCCUCCGACGACUUCGAGUACAUGGAGUGCGGACCGUCGCCACCCUCCGAUCACACGCCGCACAUCUACGAGAGUUUCGAGGAGUUCUCCAGUACCACCAACGAGCUGACCGUGCAGAUAUGCCACGAUACCAUAAAGAUGAACCUGGUGGAGCACAUGAAGUUGUCGUCGGGGAGACAUCAGCUCCUGGACGAUAUAGAAUUGAAGAAAACCACUCAGGAUAAUUUGGUGAACGCUUUUAAGGGUGCUAGUAAGCUGGAGAUAAACAUUUCGUUUCUAUGGGCGGCUUUCUUGAAGAGAUGGGAGUUACUGGAUGGUUUCUUGAAGAUCGGGGCUUCGAAGCUGUACUACGAGCCCAACCAGGGACUAAGUGCCAUUCAUUUGGCGGCGUUUAGCGGUUGUAUACCGGGUACGCAAUUCAUGAUAGCUAAGGGGUGUGACGUUAACGCUCUUUUCAAAUGUUACACACCGUUACAUUGCGCGGCUUUCGGAGACAGUGCGGAUACUGCCAUGGUCCUCUUGAACAACGGCGCUAAAGUUCAAUCUUUGACGAAUAGUCCGUCGAAUCCCAACGAAAGCGUUUUGCAUUGCGCCGUUAGAGCUAACGCUGUAGCUUGCGUGAGAUUGUUCACGGCAGAGGGAGCUGAUGUCGGCCAGGUCGAGUAUUGCGGGAUGUCGCCUAUACACCUCGCGGCCGACCUUGGACAUCCGCAAUGUCUUAAGAUACUGCUCGAAGCUAAAGGUACCAACGUGAACGCCAUGACGAAGGAGAAAGAACAAACGGCUUUACACUUGGCUGCCGAAGGUGGUUACUUGGAGUGUAUCGAGGUGCUACUGGACAAACACGCCGAUUCCAACGCGAAAAACCAGAGGGGACAGACUCCUCUUCAUUCAGCGGCCAGGGCGCAGGCCUACGAUUGCGUGGAGAUGUUGUUGCGCAAGGGAAACGCCGAUCCUAACAUAAGCGAUUGCGAUCAGCGCACGCCGCUUCACGCGGCCGUCGGAAAAGCUGCCAGAUCCUACGACAUCAUCGAGAUCUUGGUCAGUUGGGGUGCGGACGUCAACGCGAAGGAUCAAUACGGUUACACCCCUCUACAUAUCGCGGCCUUGAACGAGCUGAGCCAAUGCGUGGAGAUACUGAUCUACCACGGCGCGGACGUGACUGCAAAGUCGAAACUUGGUAUAACCGCUCUGGGUAUUAUAACGAGGAAAACCCCAGCUUCUUUAGCCAUGGUCACGCAUAAACUGGACUCGGCCAUCACCCUGCAUCAUCAUCCCGAAUCCUCCAACAGGGAGGUGGAACUUCGAUUGGAUUUUCGUAGUAUACUUCAACACUGUCAUCCUCGAGAAAUCAGUUUUUUGAACACGUUCGUAGACGAAGGUCAGAAGGAAAUCCUGCUGCAUCCCUUAUGUUCAGCGUUUUUAUACUUGAAAUGGGAGAAAAUCAGGAAGUAUUACAUAGCGCGGAUAUUCUUCUGCUUCGUGUUCGUCUUGAGUUUAUCCCUAUACGUACUGACAGCUCUUGCCCACAACUGUUACAAUCACGGGAAAAACAUGAACGACACCCAACCCCAAAACGUUAUAGAAUUGUGCGAGAAGAAAUCCAUGAUGGGUCACAUGUUGCGGAACAAUCCCUUCGUCAUAGAGAUGCAAUGGUUCGUGUUAGUCGGAAUAACUUGUUGCGAGAUCUUGAGGAAAGUGUAUGGAAUAGCAGGUUAUCCAAGCGUCAAACAAUACCUAUCGCACAGAGAGAACAUAAUCGAAUGGAGCGUCAUCUGUAGUGUUUUCGUGAUCUCGUUCAUCUACACCGGAAGGACUUACACGUGGCAGAACCACGUUGGGGCGUUCGCUGUGUUGUUCGGUUGGACCAAUCUGAUGUUGAUGGUGGGGCAGCUGCCCGUUUUCGGUUCCUACGUCGCGAUGUACACGAGGGUACAGGGAGAAUUCGCCAAGUUGCUAUUGGCCUACUCCUGCCUCUUGAUCGGUUUCACCAUAAGCUUCUGCGUGAUCUUCCCGGAUUCCUCGACCUUCGCCAAUCCCUUCAUCGGACUCAUAACGGUGCUGGUGAUGAUGACCGGGGAGCUGAACCUGGAUCUGUUGGUGGACGACGAUCCAGAAGAUCCACCAUUCCUGCUGGAAAUCAGCGCGCAAGUUACCUACAUCCUGUUCCUCCUCUUCGUUACCGUCAUCCUGAUGAAUCUCCUCGUCGGUAUCGCCGUCCACGACAUACAGGGUCUGCAGAAGACCGCGGGACUGUCGAAACUCGUCAGACAGACGAAAUUGAUAUCGUACAUGGAAUCGGCUCUGUUCAACGGAUACCUGCCUCAGUACCUAUUGAAUCUGUUGCAUUGGACGGCGUUGGUGUCGCCCAAGGCCUAUCGCGUGGUGCUCAACGUCAAACCUUUGAAUCCGAGGGAAAAACGACUACCAAGGGACAUCCUGAAGGCCGCGCAUGACAUCGCGACGAGGCGCAGAAAAUAUGGUCACACCAUAUCGUCUCAGGCUAGUCACGCUACGACUUACGCGAAGAAGCAGAUGAACAACAAUACGGAUCAUCAGCAGACCUGCGAUCUGGUGGAGAUGACGGGUGUAGUGCCAUUGUUACAGAACAAAAUGGAGAAGGCUUCGGAACAAAUCGAACAGUUGGGUAGGGAGGUUAGGGAUUUGAAGACCGUGCUACAGAACAAUCAGAAAAUUAUGGAGCAGCUGUUACACGCACUCGCGAGUCGAAGGGCAGUACGGACUGUUGAUGAUUGAAAUUGCUGUGAUUUAUUUCGAGUUUCUAGUGAAUUUGAACACAAAAUGUUGGAUGUAUUUUUGCACUCAUGUCGCACUAUUUAUAGAUUAGCUUCGAUCUAUAGUUUCAUUAAUUAACAUUGUACUAAUGAUAUUCAAGAACACGUAACGAGCGUUCAAAAACAUUCGUUAUCGAGUAGGCUACGCAAUGUUGAUAUUCUGUGUUCAAUGGACGAGUUCAGAAACGUUUGCCAACCUUGUCCAACUAAACGCUUACAAUGGAAGCGUCUAUGUCUAUGUACACAAGGUAGUUGAGGCAUUCUGUGACGAAACCAUAAAUGUAAAGCACAGAACACG